AUGUCCACAAAAAACAAUAAUGAUAAAUCUCCGCAUGCGUCCCCCACUAAUCCCAUGCCAUUUCCUAUGGAUUUUGAUCUUAUUGCGAUUCAACAGAGCAUCAACAACUAUUUAAUACCAUACUUUCACACCACCUGCGAAUUCUUGGUCCUCCAUUAUCGACUCCAUACACCUGACUGGUUACAAACUCGAGGCGAUGUAAUUCACGAAUUCUUAAGAGGUCAUCAGUUAUUGAGCGACUAUUUAUUGUCGUUUGCGUUUUGGUAUAGUUUGCCGCUUUUGUGGUUCUUGGUUUGGUCUGUUGGCGGGUUUUUGAUUACGGCAUUUAUUGGAGUCACAAUGUUUGUUGUAACAAACGGAUUUAUUAUAGGUUCGGCGUCUCUAGUAAUAACUCCGUUUUUCAUAUUUGCUAUUAUGGCUAGUUUCAUGACAACUUUUGCCAUUUCGGUGGGCAGAGUUGCAAUGAGGCUUCGACAAGCAACAAAGACGAUUGACGUCAACAACCCUUCUGGGUUUUUUGGUAUUUCAAAUCAAGAAAUCGAAAUCUUGAAAGAGGAAUUAAACGAGAAAGUUUAUAAAGAGGUACUAAAUGAAGACGAGCAACAGAAGUAUCUUGAAAUGAAUGAUCUGAAAAAUUUUGCGGAGAAUGCUUUAAAGAAACUAGAAUAUUUGUUAGCGGAAAAUAAUUACCUUCGUCAAAACCUCGAAAUAUAA